UCGGUGGCGCACUUCAGUCGAAACGCGGUGUGAACGCGGGUUGGUGAUCAUCGGGCGUUCGUCACGGCGCGUGAGGUGCGUUGCGUGCGACUGCGUCGUCCGACUUGUCCGGCCGAAUAAACCGAGACCGAUUGUCAUCCAUCGCGUUCCACAUAUUACGUGUGCGUCUAUACGCAGCUGGUAACCGUGGACACGAGUGACGAGGACAACGAGGACCCGCGCGUGUGAAACGAGCUAAAACAAAACCAAAAGAUGACUACUUGGCAAGCACCUGGUGCAGGGUUCUAUCCAGGGCAACAAGGUCCAUAUCCGUAUCCUCAAAAUCCAGGGUAUCCUCCACCGCAGGAAGGCUAUCCAUAUCCUCCAGGGCAAGCUCCGGGAUAUCCUCCACCUUACUCCGGUGGAAAUCCACCAGGUCCAGGAUUUAUACCUCCACCGAGUGGUCCACCGCCGCCAAUUGGUCCAGAAUUUGGAGGAAUACCUCCACAAGGCCACCCAGGAAUGUAUGGUUCCGGUUAUGGAGAAGAUCCUAUGCAGGAUGAGGUCAAAGGAUUUGAGUUCAGUGAUAAAACUAUCAGGAAUGGUUUCAUUAGGAAAGUAUACAGCAUCCUAAUGUGCCAGUUGGUCCUCACACUCGGAAUGAUUUCUCUCUUCCUUUACCAUGAACCAACACAGCGAUGGGUUCAGAGACACACAGAAUUAUUUUGGAUUUCUUUUGUCGUAACUAUUGUUCUGAUCAUAUGCAUGGCUUGCUGUACCAACGUGAGACGUAAGGCUCCAAUGAACUUCAUAUUCUUGUUCCUGUUUACAAUUGCGGAGGCUUUCUUGCUGGCUACAGCUGCAUCAACGUACAAGUCUGAUGAAGUAAUGCUAGCCGUUGGAAUUACAGCAGCGGUUUGUUUAGGAUUGACGAUAUUCGCAUUUCAGACGAAAAUUGAUUUUACCGGAUUGCACAGUGUUUUGUUCGUCGCCGUGCUUAUCUUAAUGAUUUUUGGUAUAAUCGCGAUUAUCUGGAAGGGAAAAAUUAUUACCUUGGUUUACGCCGCACUCGGCGCGCUGAUAUUCUCUCUAUAUUUGAUAUACGACACGCAAAUGAUGAUCGGCGGAAAACAUAAAUAUUCUAUUUCACCAGAAGAAUAUAUUUUCGCUGCGUUAAGUCUAUAUUUGGAUGUCGUCAACAUCUUCCUGUACAUUUUAACUAUCAUUGGCGCUUCGCGAGACUAAUUGAUGUCAAUUAUGAUAUUUCUGACUUGUGUUAUAAUUACUAAGAAAUAUACAGUCAGUUUUUACUUAUCGCCGUCCUGCUCUGGCUCUCCGCAGUUAUUAUCCUGAGAGCGCACUGUAGGCGAAUAAACAGUGAAGUACGAAGAGGCAUAUUGGCAAGACUUUAAUUUCUACGAAGAUAGCUUUUACAAAUUUUCGAAUAUUAAUAUACACAAAGAGCACGCUUGUAUUUGAAGCCUUUUGUCUAGUUCCAUAAGGCAUAAUACAGUAAAGCAUUUCCCGAUAUUUUUGGGAGAAAACUAAAUAUAAAUUCUUGUAACUACUAAUGUGUAGAAUAGUAUGUCAUUGUCAUUAUUAUUGUUAUAAAAAUGAUUAGUCUUUUUUUGUUUGUAUCAUCUUGAAUAAUUGUCCCACCAGUUUAUUAAUAAAAGCAACGAUCAAUUUUGCAUAUGCUUUAUUUUUUAUCUCUUUAAAAGACUUAGAUUUCUCUAUUAUAAUCGAUGAAUGUAUGUACACAUCUAAUUAAAAGUGCGUAAAACCAAUUAUUAAUGCAUAAUUGUUAUAAAUAUAUGUCAUAUAGUAUAAUAAAAAUAAAACAUUAGUUAUAAUAUUGUAUUAUCUGGACUUGACUGUGUGUAACUCCAGGCAACUUAAGAGACGCUUGUACCUUGUUGCCUACAUAAACAUACAUGUAGAAAAAGUUGAGAUUGUGUUUAUUCUUUGUUCAAAUUUGAAUAAUAAAACGAUUUACUUCUCUGGUA